AUGGGGAAAGACAAGAAAGAAGAGGCCGUCUUUCUGAGGAAAAAGAUAACUUUGCUGAGGGCUUUCUCACUCCUCAUCGGCAGCAUGGUUGGCAGCGGCAUCUUUAUCUCCCCAAAAGGAGUACUGAAAAACUCCGGCAGCGUGGGUUUCUCCCUGGUUGUCUGGUUUUCCUGUGGGAUCCUGUCUAUGUUUGGUGCUUUGUGUUAUGCAGAGCUGGGAACAAGAAUCACCAAGUCUGGAGGACAUUAUAUCUACAUUUUGGAGACACUAGGGCCUCUGCCAAGUUUCUUAUUCCUGUGGGCAGAGUUUUUUGCUAUCAGGCCUGCCAACAGCGCAGUGGUUGCGUUGGCGUUUGGACGCUACCUGCUGGAGCCAUUUUUUGCCCCCUGCGCAGCCCCUGUCCCUGCGGUGAAGCUCGUGUCUCUCUUGGGCUACUACAUUGUCCUCACCCUCAAUUCCUGGAGCGUCACCUGGAGUGCCCGGCUGCAGACGGCGCUCUCCAUCGUCAAACUCCUGGCCCUCGCACUCAUCAUCGUGCCGGGGAUGAUGCUGCUGGCCCAGGGCCACACCGAAAAUUUCCAGGACGCUUUCGACAGACAGUCGCUGGUUUUGGAUAAGCUGCCCCUGGCUUUUUACGCAGGCAUGUUCGCAUAUUCAGGCUGGUUUCAGGCUGGCUUUGUGCGUGAAGAGUUGGUCAGACCUGAACGAAAUAUCCCCCUGGCUGUCAUCGUGUCUGUGGUCACUGUAAUUGUGGGGUACAUGCUCACCAACGUCUCCUAUUACACGGUCCUGGGAACGCAAGAUGUUCUGGCUUCUCCUGCUGUGGCUGUGAGCUUUGUGCAGCGAGCCUUCAAAAGCCUGAUCUCAGUGGUCCCUGUCCUUGUUGCACUGUCCUGCUUCGGAACCAUGAAUGGAGGAAUCCUCACGUUUUCAAGGACUCUGUUUGUGGCUUCCAGGGAAGGACAGUGGCCUCCUCUCUUCUCCAUGAUCCACAUUCGAAGGCAUACGCCGCUUCCUGCUGUCAUGUUAAUGUUCCCUUUGGUUACUGCCAUGGUGUGUAUCGGAGAUAUCUACCAUCUAAUGAACUUCUUCAGCUUUUCCCGAUGGCUCUUCAUCGGAUUAGCCACCCUUGGGCUCAUUGUCCAUCGCCGCCGUCACCCGGAGCUGCACAGCCCGUUCAAGGUUCCCAUCUUUGUUCCUGUCUCUUUUACCAUCAUCUGCCUCUUCACAGUGGCGAUGUCGUUCUACUCAGACCCUGUGAGCAUUAGCAUUGGAUGCACCGUGGUCUUAAGUGGUUUUCCAGUCUACUACCUCAUAAUCCAUAGGCAAAUGUCAACCCGUUGCCGUAGCCCAUUUUAUUAUUUUACACACAAACUGCAGUUACUGCUGGAAGUAGUUCAACAAGAAAUCAAGACUUACUGAGAAAAUCAUCAGAACUCACAGGAGGAGAUAAAAUCUACUGACUCCGUUUCUGAUACUUUUGAUCCUACCAAAAGC